AUGAACAUGUUUUUCGGUGAAAUAUUUUGUAUUUCUAUUUUCAUUUUAUCUACUUGUAUUUCAUCGAUUGAAAUUGGCUCGAAUUCGAAUUCAACUUUGUCAUUAACUUCGAAAAUUGGAAAAACUGAAAAACAUGAAGUGAAUAUUGCAGUUGUUUAUCGAAAUUGGGGUGGAAAAUCGAAAUCAUAUGAUAAAGCGUUUCGAGAAAUUAUUCGAAAAAUCAAUGAUGGAACUGCGGUUUCGUAAGUUUUAAUUUAAAAACUUCAGUUAUUUCAAUGUGUUUUUUUCAGGAGUAUACGAAAACUAUCACAAAAAUACACAUUCUCCGCAGUUGAUUGUAUUCUUCCAACUGGCAACUUUUUCGUUAACGAAGUUUUAGAUUGUCUUUGUAAUAAUGUGACUGCGAAUAAUGUGAGUUAUCGAAUUUAGCUCUCAUGCCAAAGAUUUGAAUUUCAGGUAGCCUUGAUAGUUUUCGUGACAGCUUCUGAGACUUUUGAUUCAACUACGGUUGCAGAACAAUAUUUUCUGACAGCUGCCAGUUACACGGGAAUUCCGAUAAUUGCUUGGAAUGCUGAUAAUUCGGGAUUUAGUUUUGAGAAAGAUUUGACACCGUAUAGAAUUCUUCAAAUGGCACCACCAAUUGAACAUCAAAUACGGUACGAUAUUCAGAUAAUUUUUUGUAAUCUUCAUCUGAUUGUGAAAAUAGUCAUAGCUCAACUCUAAAAAUAAGUGAUGACGUGGCAAAAUUGAUAAACUGAACUUAUCAAUUAUAUUUUCAAAAAAACUAAUGUUCCCGUUUUCAGAGCAAUGAUUGCACUUUUACAACGAUAUAAUUGGCCGAAAUUCGGAGUUGUCACUUCUGAAAUGGUUGGAAAUGAUAGAUUCAUAAGUGCUGUGAAAGAUGAAAUUGAACGAUUCUCAAAUAAAUCAACUCCAAAAUUCGAAAUGAUUCAUCAUUGUAAAAUUGACACAAGAAACACAACAGAUAUCGAUAUAAAAUUGGCGGAAUUGAAGAAACAUCAAGCAAAGAUAGUAUUACUUUAUGCAAAUUCAGCACAAGCUAGUGUCAUUUUUUCACACGCGGAAAAGCACGAGAUAACUGGUGAAAGAUAUCUGUGGAUUGGAACACAAUCAGUUAAAGGAACACAGAAAACGAUAAAUUCGAAAGGAUUUGCACAAGUUGGAAUGUUAUGUGUCAAUUUUCAUACGCUUUCAAAUGCAAUGUUUGCGCCAAAAGAUGAUAUUUUACCGUUGAUAUUUCAACAAGCACCAAGACUUUUUGGGUUUGCUGUCGAUAAAUUGAUUGGAAAAACAGCACCGUCACUUCGAUCAAAUGUUUCUUGUAAAAGUUCAGAAGGUGAUCCAUAUUGGGAUUACGGUGGAGUUAUUUAUGAGUUAGUUUUUUUAUUGAGAAAUGGAGAUCCCCUCGAGGAGCUCUUUUUUAUGAUGAAUUAUAUUUUCAGGCGAAUGAAAACUGCAUUCAUAAAAGGAAAUCCAUAUCAUGUUGAUGAUGGAUAUGAUUCAUUUUUCUACACUUUCGAUAAUAAUGGUCGAUUAAAAAAUUCAAUGUUGGAAAUAUCGAAUCUUCGAACAGGUAAAAAGAAAGGAGAGAGAGUAUGGGAAAAAGUUGGCGAAUUCACAAAUAAUCAAUUGGAAAUGACCGAUGUUCAAUGGCCUGGCGAAAAAGCGAAUCCACCUCAAGGAACCGCUGAUAAAUUUCAUGUGAAAGUUGUGACACUUCAUGAACCACCAUUUAUUACAGUAUCAGAUGUUGAUCAAGAUACACAAAAAUGUCCAGGAAAUCAAGGAUCAAUUUGUGAUUGGGGUGAUAUUGAAUAUGUUGAUGGAGAUGGAAUUCGAAAAAAUCGAACACUUUGGAAAUGUUGUAGUGGAUAUUGUGUGGAUUUAUUGAAUAAACUUGCAACUGAUAUUGGAUUCACUUAUACUUUAUAUAAAGUUAGAGACGAAAAAUGGGGAUUGAAAACUGAAAAUGGAUGGAAUGGUCUGAUUGCUGAUUUAAUGCAUAAUAAAGCAGAUAUGUGUGUAACAUCUUUGAAAUUGAAUUCUGAAAGAGCAAGAGAUAUCGAUUUCUCUCUACCUUUCUUGGAUACUGGAAUUUCAAUUAUCGUCAAAAUUCGAAGUGGAGUUCUAUCGCCAACUGCAUUUUUAGAACCUUUUGAAUAUUCAACAUGGGUUAUCAUAUUAUUUGUUUGUAUCCACGUGGCAGCAAUCUCAAUAUUUGUAUUUGAAUGGGUUUCUCCAUAUUCAUUUAAUAUGCAGAAAUAUCCUCCACCAGAUCAUAAAUUCUCAUUAUUUCGAUCUUAUUGGUUGGUUUGGGCAACAUUAUUUAGUGCAAGUGUUUCAACAGAUGUGCCAAAAUCAACAGUUUCUCGAUUAAUGGCACUUGUUUGGGCUGCUUUUGGACUCACAUUCUUAGCUGUUUAUACAGCAAACCUGGCUGCUUUUAUGAUAACUCGAGUACAAUUUUAUGAUUUGAGUGGAAUACAUGAUCCAAUGCUUAAUUAUCCGCAAGAUCAGAAACCACCUUUUCGUUUUGGAACUGUUGAUGGAGGAAAUACACAUGAAACAAUGAAAAGAAACUGGCAAAAGUGAGCAUUUUCAAGGGUAAAAAUUAGUAUGAAAAUAUUUGUUUCAGAAUGCAUGACUACGUUGAGAAGAACAAAUUUUUCCGAAUGAAUAUUUCAGCCGGUGUUGAUGCAGUUAAAAAUGAGUAAGUUAUGAAAUAAAUUACAAUUUUUUUUUAGAAAAAUCUCGAUUGCAGAGAGUUGGACGCGUUUAUCUACGACGCUGUAGUUUUAGAUUAUUGGGCUGGAAAAGAUGCAAAUUGCGCUCUGAUGACAGUUGGAAAAUGGGCAAGUAUGACUGGAUAUGGAAUUGGUUUCCCAAAGAAUUCACCAUAUACAGCAAUGGUUAAUCAAUACAUGUUACAAUAUCAGCAGAAAGGAGACUUGGAAAGACUUCAGAAUUUUUGGUUGACGGGGGCUUGCACACCGGAUAGUCAUAGUCAAACACAAUCAGCGCCGCUGGGAAUCGAGAAUUUCUUGUCAGCUUUUGUGUUAUUAGCCGGAGGAAUUGUGAGUGAAAAAUUAGGAGUUUGAAAAAUAAAAUCAAUUUGGCCCCAUUUUCGAGCCAAGAUUAAAAAUUGUUUUGUUACCCAGAUACUCUAAAAAUAGAAUAAAUAACUAACCUCUACAAAUAUUCAGAUCGUGAGUAUAAUUGUUCUUGGUUUCGAGCAUAUAUAUUGUCGUCAUCUUCGCAAACCUCUUCAAAAAAUCGAUCCAAAUGGCUGGUGUGGGGUUAUAAGCAUGGCAAUGGGAAAAUCAUUGACAUUCCGUGAAGCUGUUGAUCGUGUACAAGAAUGGCGAUCGAGAACACAAUCCUUGGCCAGUUCGAGUUCUCCAACAUUAAGAAGAAGGCGAUCGAAUAAUAGUCAAGUUGAGGUGCCUAUUUUAGAAAAACAAUCUCAAAAACCAUCAACAUCUCGACAAUAUCUUCAAGUUGAAACAAACUUGUGA